CUCACAUCCAAAACACAAUCACAUCUCGACUACUUACAGACUCUCCAAAACACACAACCACGAUGAUGAAGAUCACCAGCCAAACCUCUUCCCCAAUCCUUUUUCUCGUCACCAUUCUCGUCCUCGCUGCGGCCUACGUGGACUGCCAGACCUGCAAGCCAAGUGGCCACAUCACAGGGAUCACUCCGCCACCGGGGCAAUGCAACCAAGGCGAGGAAUCCGACUGCUGCAAAACCGGCAAGCAGUACACCACCUACAAAUGCUCCCCUCCGGUCACCGCCAGCACCAAGGCGACCCUGACGUGGAACAGCUUCGAGGCAGGGGGCAGCGGCGGAGCACCAUCCGAGUGCGACAACCAGUUCCACUCCGACGACAAGCCUAUCGUUGCUCUGUCGACGGGGUGGUUCAACAAGAAAAGCAGGUGUCUCAACUUCAUCAACAUUCAUGGGAAUGGGAAGACAGCUAGGGCCAUGGUGGUGGAUGAAUGUGACUCCACCAUGGGGUGUGAUUCCGAUCAUGAUUACCAGCCUCCUUGUCCUAACAACAUUGUUGAUGCUUCGAAGGCGGUGUGGAAGGCGUUGGGUGUGGCUGAGAGUGACUGGGGCGAUCUGGAUAUCACCUGGUCUGAUGCGAAUUGAACUCGCAAUUAAUUGUUUCUGUGUGUGGUUGUUGUACAUAGAGACAUUGUUAAUGUCUUUGUGAGUAUAUGAAUCAUGUAUAUGAAUAUUCUAUCAUCUGUAACAUAUUAAAAGCUGUGAUUGUUUGUGAAAUGUUGGAUGUCUGAAUUGAGUUUUUCAAAACUAUAUAGCUUAAGUUGGAGUGUGUUAUCUGUACCUUCAUAUUGCAAAGUUCUCUCAUGAAGAAACAUAAUGAUUUCAGUUCUUGUUUUCAACAGUUCUCAGUUUUCAUAUCUUGAACCAGAAUGGAGAACUGCAAUAUUUUAUGCACAAUGGCUGAAGUUAUGGACAUUGGAGUAUAAAUCUCUAGACUAUAACAAUUAAAGAUUGUAACUCUCGGAUUGUUGAUUUUUAUAAAAAAUUUAUUGGUUGGUAACUAUGAUUGUGAACAUUCAAUUAAAAUAUAAUUUCUAUUUUUCCCCGUUAAAUGACAUGUUUACUCUUAACCAAAAGAAUCAGAGUGCCUCGAAAAUUUAAGAAUUUAUUAGUAAGGAUAUUUAGUGGGGUAAAAAAAGAUGAAGAGAUAAAGUAGGAGGAAAAAUAUUUAGAGCAUCCACAUUAGAAUUGUAUUUGGAAUUGCAUUAUAACAUGACAUUUAUUCACAAUUGCAUUAUCCAAUUUCAUUGAUGUAGAUGACAAUUGCAUCUUUGCAAGUUUGCAUAUAAUGCAAUUAUGGGUUGCAAGUCACACAAUCUAUUUUUUAUUAAAUUAUUUAUUAUUUAAGUAUUUUAUGCUUGUAAAAUUGUAUUAAAAAUCAAUUGCAAUUGCAAACUAAUUGCAUUGAUUUAGGUGAAUGAAAACAAUGUGAGAUGGAUUGCAAAAAUGAUGAGGUGACAAUAAAGAGUACAAAUGCAAUUGCAUCAAUAUGGAUGCCCUUAGAAAUCAAGAUAUACAAUCUCUACGAUUAUGUGAAAUUUGAUAUCUCGAUAUUUUAGAAAUUUAAAAUCUCUUAAAGUAAAAUCAACAAUAUAAAAAGCAUAAAAAAACAUAACUUUCUGCUAUAUCUGUGGUUCAAAACUACAAAUUCUUAUUUGCAAGAGAGCCCAUUGUAUGUUUAUGAGAUAUUUGGCCCCGUUCGGCGUUCAUGUUUGAGAUGAGUAUUACCCAAUCUACAAUAGUGUGAGGCGGAGUAUAUUAUAUUGCGUCAUGUUUUGUUUUGUUCUACUAUUUGUUUCUGUUUCUUCAAAAUUUUCUUCUCUUAAAUUAUAUUUUAACCCAAUUAAAUUUUUAAUAACGACAAGGAUUCAUCUUUCAACUAAUUGAACUUAAUUACCCGAUCUCUAUUUUUCUACUUAUGAGGUCUUUUUCCUUUGUUAUCAUAAAAAACUAAAUGUGUGUGUUUAUUUUCUUUCAAUAACAUGUGAGAAUGUAUCAACUUGUUUCGGUCCAUACCCGACCUGAUAAGCACUUGAUGCGAAACGAAUAUUAGUAUUAAGGAACCCCACGCAUUGAAUUUGAGGUGGGCCAUAAAGAGUGAAGAUUGGGUGGGAACUAGUGGUGAACAAAACAACCCGCAAACCGACCCACCCGUCCAACCCGACCCAACCCACCCGCAUUUAUCGUUAAUAUUAAAGUUUAAAGUUGGGUGAGGGUUUUCUAUUGUACAACCCGCCUCUUUUGGGUUGGGUCCGGAUUUUGGUUAACGCAACCCGUAAAACCCGACCCAACCCGUGUUGAACUAUUGUCAUCAGUGUUCGUAUACAACACAUAUUUGUGUCAUAAAUAAACAUAUUUGUGAGAAAAUUAAGCUAUUUUAUCAUAUUUUUCUCUAGUAGUUUCUCAAGUCUAAUACAUUCUUCAACUUAAUAUUUAGACAUAGAGUUAAUAUAAGUUAUGAUUCACG